GCUCUGAUAAGAACGCUUAUAAAUUGACAAUUUAGAAGUUUUCCGAUGUAAACACCCGGUCUUAUCUACCCAGUAUUCGGCGACCUAUAAAUGUGAUCAUGGACAACCGGGCAUUCGAAGACUCGGAAAAAUCUACAAUAGUACCCUCUGAAAAUGGUUCCCGCAAAAGAUAUACAACGGAAAGUACGGAGUCUCCGGACUAUUCCGGUAGCGACGUCAGCAUCCGGCAAGAGAAAGUUCGUAUGAAGAAAACAGUGGGCCUUAUUAGUGGCACUUCUCUCAUAGUGGGAACGAUUAUAGGCUCUGGGAUAUUCAUAUCCCCUAAAAGUGUUCUAGAUAGAACUGGAUCAGUAGGAUUAAGCCUCGUUGUCUGGACUGCAAGUGGAUUUCUGGCCCUUCUUGGUUCCUUGUCGUAUGCUGAAUUGGGAACAGUGAUACGGAAGUCUGGCGGUGAAUACAGUUACAUCAAGGAAGCUCUAGGCGAUAUCCCAGCCUUUCUGUUUGCAUGGACGUCAGUGAUUGUCGUUCGGACCUCCUCGAUGGGCAUCAUUUGUCUGACGUUUGGGGAGUACAUGGCCACCUUCUUCCCUUACUGCGGCUCGCCCAUCAUUCCUAUUAAACUCGUGGCAGCCCUUGCUAUCGUGUCCUUAGGGGUCAUCAACAGUUACAGUACCACGUUAGCAGGGAGAACCCAAGUCGUCUUUACGUUUGUAAAACUCAUCGCUCUCAUCAUCAUCGUCAUCGGAGGAAUCGUCAAAUUGAUUCAAGGGAACGUAUCACAGUUUCAAAAUAGUUUUGAGGGUACGACGACUUCACCUUCCAACAUCGCCCUGGCGUUCUACAAUGCUCUCUGGGCUUACGACGGCUGGAAUAAUCUCAAUUACGUAACAGAGGAACUUAAGGACCCUGCAAAAAACCUUCCGCGCGCUAAUGUUCUGGGUGUCAUGAUAACCACGGUCAUCUACCUGUUGGUCAACAUCUCCUACCUGACGGCGAUGACGUCAUUAGAACUCCUCAAUUCGCCGGCCGUGGCCGUGACGUGGGGAGACCGCGUUCUGGGAGGGGCUGCUGUUCUGAUGCCCCUGUCUGUGCUGUUCUCAACGUUUGGUGCUGCAAACGGAACCCUCUUUGGAGGAGGAAGGGUGGUAUACGUUGCCGCGAGAGAGGGUCAUCUUCCAGAAAUGUUAUCAUACGUACAAUGCAAAUAUUACACACCAUUUCCUUCCAUCAUAUUCACCAUCGUGAUUUCGUUGAUUAUGAUCAUCCCUGGAGAUAUUAGUUCCCUGGUGGACUUCUUCAGUUUCUCCGCGUGGCUGUUCUAUGGGGUGACAGUCUCCUGUUUAAUUAUCUUCCGCUUCACAAAAAAGGACGUGGAAAGACCAAUUAAAGUUCCUAUUGUAAUACCGAUCCUGUUUGUGUUGAUUGCUAUCUACCUCGUGAUUGGUCCGAUCAUCGAGAGCCCACAGAUCGAACUUUUGUAUGCGUUCUUGUUUAUCAUUGGAGGACUGCUGUUCUACUUUCCAUUCGUCUACUUUAAGCUAAAAAUCAAAGGAUUCGAAUGGUUAACCACAUCAGUGCAACUACUCUGUGAAGUUGUUCCUAGUCCUUACGAACCAGAAAGCUAGUAGAGAUCACAACUCUAAAACAUUGCCAUACCAUAUUUGUUUUAUUCAUUUUUCUCCAUGUAACCCAUCUUCUUGUACCAAUAUUUUCAAUAUUUAUAUGUAUCAAUUUUCUUCGAAGCACAAAAUUUUACUUAUUUAAAAAUAUCACGUUUUAUAAUACAUUUCUUUAUAUAUAAUUUAAAAGUAAACAUUUUUUUUCUUGAAAUCUUUUAUUUUUUUCGAUGAAACCAAAAUUGUACUCAGUAAUCUUUUUAUAACAUUCUAUUCAUAAGCAAGAUUGUUUUCGAAUCUCCAGAUUUACGUCAAUAUAAGUCAGUUUACUUUGUAUUCUUUUAUUUUGCUUUGAGUAGAUGCUUUUUGAACACGAGGUUACUAUUGUUUCGUUGCUGUUACAUGUGAUUGCAAUGUCUUUUAGCCUGUGAUAUGCUUUAUUUUUUUAUACAAUAAAUAGUUCUCGCUUU